ACGAAUUCCGCUCCGGCCAUAUCAGCUGAUAUGAGUGUAAACAGAAGACAGGAGACGCGCGGACGCGCAGCCUUGCUGAGGAGCUUGUUGACCUCAAAACACAUCACAUGCAGCCGCACCAAGAAGGGAGUUGACGCACUGCUGCCUAUACCUCCAGUGUCCAUGGAGCAACCGCAGCCGGAAGAGCAGUUCCUGUGCUGCGCCAGGAACGGAGACCUGGACGGCAUUCGGAAGCUCCUCGCGUCCCAGGUGAGCGGAAAGACCACGUUGGACAUCAACUGCAAAGGUAAAAGUAAGUCUAACCGGGGGUGGAGACCGCUUCACUUGGCCUCAUAUUUUGGACACAUAGACGUGGUCGACCAAUUACUGAAGGCCGGCGCGGAUGUCAACCUGCCCAACAACAUCGGAGACACGCCUCUGCACAAAGCCGCCUUCACGGGGAGAAAGGUACCCGAACGCAUCUUUACAACCCGAUCGAUCAAGCAAUCCAAUCAUCAAUCAAUCGUUCAGGAGCUUGUCAUGCUGCUGCUGCACUACAACGCGAGCGCGACUGUCAUCAACGGGACGGCUCAGACUCCCAAAGACCUCACGCGAAACGCGGAGAUCAGACGCAUGCUCGCGGCGGCCGAGAGGACGGAAGAGAGGAAACAGGAACGCCAACUUCUUGAAGCAGCGCGAGAAGGAGACAUCGCCGCCCUAAGUCAGCUGCUGAGCAGCAAGAAGCCGCCCAACCUGGAGUGCGCAGACGAGCUGGGCAACACUCCGCUGCACUGCGCCGCCUAUCGGGGCCAGAAGCAGUGCGCCGCCAAGCUGCUGAGGGCCGGAGCCCGCGCUAGUGUGAGAAACAAGAACGGUCAGACCGUUUUGGAGCUAGCCAGCGAUGCAGCCAUGACGCAGCUGCUUGAAGGCAACGCACGCCGGGGGAUGAGACGCUACGCCAAGAAGUUUGAGGGACUCCUCUGGAAGAGCUCUGGAUCUUUGGGCUGGCGCUCCUGCUGGGUAGUCCUCCACGACGGCGUGCUGUCCUGGUACUCCAAACGGUCUGACGCCGCUGCCAACGUCAGGAGGCAAGGAUCAAAGUCCCUCACUCACGCUCAGUGUCUGAGCCGAUCGAAAGAUUGCUGCAUCUUCACCCUAACGUGUUACGAUGACAGCGUCCAUUACUUCAAAGUCUCGGCCAAAGAGGAGCCCGAGGCGACAAGAAAAGUACGCUUUGAUGAUUUGACGCUUGCUUGGUUGGACGCUUUGGACGAGCACUCAGCCUUCAGCACGCACUACUGCUCCCAGGAGAAGGGCGCCCGGCGGGGGGGCGACGACGACGACGACGACGACGACGACGACGACGAAGAGGAGGAGGAGGAGGAAGGCUCCUCACUGGGCCGGAUAGCUGACGCCCUGCAGGCGGCGGGGGCGAGCCACGGCCGGCUGCGGCGGGAAGUGGCGGCCGUGCUGUCGCUCAUCGAGAUUGACGGCCUGGCGCGAGAUAGGCUUUGCAUUCUGGAGAAGCUGCGGGCCAUCAACGAGCUGUCGAGCGAGACCGGUUCCAACUUGGACGUCUGUCUCGGACUGGUCUCCAAACAGGAAGUGGUGCGUAGCAUGAAAUUGGAGCUGGAGGUGGAGAAGAAUAAGAUUCUGUCGCGAGCGCUGCAGACGCUGGCCACCGAGCACCACGAGCUGGAGCAGGUCGCGGUCAAGGGCGCCGGCGGCCUCAGCGACGAUGAGUUCCACGACGCCGUGUCUGGUUCCGACUCGGAGCUCUCCCUGAGCGGCUUUGAGACGGCGGCGAGUCGUUCCUUCCAGGAGGAGGAAGAGGACGACGGCGCCAUGCUCGCCGUGUUGCGGGGCCAUCGCCAUAGCGACGAGGCGCAGACGCAACCCAACGGGGUCACCAAGUAUAGGACGAGCUUGCCUUCGCCCAUGUUUUCAAGAAAUGACUUCAGCAUUUGGAGUAUUCUCAGAAACUGCAUCGGAAUGGAGCUCUCCAAGAUCGCCAUGCCCGUGAUCUUCAACGAGCCGCUCAGCUUCCUGCAGCGUCUGACCGAGUACAUGGAGCACACGUACCUCAUCCGGCGGGCCGACGCCGCAACGGAGUCCCUUGACAGGAUGAAGUGUGUGGCGGCCUUUGCCGUGUCUGCCGUGGCGUCGCAGUGGGAGAGGACGGGCAAGCCCUUCAACCCGCUGCUCGGAGAAACCUACGAACUGGUCAGGGAGGAUCUGGGUUUCCGGCUCGUAUCGGAGCAGGUGAGCCACCACCCUCCCGUGAGCGCCUUCCACGCCGAGGGCCUCCAGCAGGACUUCGCGUUCCACGGCUCCAUCUGUCCGAAACUCAAGUUCUGGGGGAAGAGUGUGCAAGCCGAGCCCAAAGGCGUCGUCACGUUGGAGCUGCCCAAUCACAACGAAGCGUACACGUGGACCAAUCCCACGUGCUGCGUGCACAACAUCAUCGUGGGCCAGCUCUGGAUCGAGCAGUAUGGAAGUGUGGAGGUGAUCAACCACAGAACUGGUGAAAAAUGCUGCCUUAACUUCAAGCCAUGUGGCCUUUUUGGUAAAGAACUGCACAAAGUGGAAGGGUACAUACUGGAUAAAAGUAAAAAGAAGCUGUGCGCGCUGUACGGCAAGUGGACCGAGUGUUUGUACGUCAUUGAUCCCGCCGCCCUGGAGACUCACAGGAAAAGCGACAGGAAAGGAGUAGAAGGCAAAAACACCAGCAGAAAGGACGUUCCCUCGCAAGCGCCCGAUAGUGUGGACGUGGUUCCCGGCAGCCAGCUGCUGUGGAGGAUCGCCCCCCGCCCGGCCAACUCUGCCCAGAUGUACAGCUUCACGACCUUCGCCAUGCAGCUGAACGAGCUGCACGAGGACAUGGCAGGCGUCCUUCCUCGGACAGACUGCAGGUUGAGGCCCGACAUUCGAGCCAUGGAGAACGGCGACAUCGACUUGGCCAGCGAGGAGAAGAAAAGACUGGAGGAGAAGCAGAGGGCCACCCGCAAAAAAAGCUCCAGAAUGGACGACGAGUGGAAGAUGAGGAGCCCCGCACUUUGCCCAAGGUGGUUCCAGCAGGGCCCCAAUCCGCACACCGGCUCUCAGGACUGGAUCUUCACUGGCAGAUACUGGGACAGGAAGUAUCCUCAUCGACCAGACAUUUACUAGAAUUCUCCACAAGCAAUACGCACUAAUGAACUGUGGCCUUAAACUGCGUUGACACUCUAGAAGUGUGCAUAUACUGUAAAUGUCAGUAUCUCUGGGGGGUUUUACAUAAAUGUUCAUCAUCGAGGAUUUUUAGCUCCUGUGUGUGUGUGUGUGUGUGUGUGAGAUUUAAUAGGCUCCUUUCUAUUUUAAAAAAUCCCUGUGUGUUGUUUUUGUGUACAGUAUAAACGCAUCCUGAGCCAUCAAAAACCUCAUUUUCUUCCGUACAAAAGAAAAACCAUGUAUUUACAUGUAUAUAAAGAAGGCAAUAUCUAAGAUUGUUAUGCACUGACACCAACCGGUCACUUUAUUAGCUACACCUGUAAAAACCUAAUGACACCAAAUAUAAGAGCUUCAUUGAAAAUUGUGCCUCUGGGUUCUCUGUCCACGUUGCUUCCUUUUUUUUUUUUUUUUUUUUUUUUCUUCCAACCAUUGAAGCUGUGGUAAUCCAAAUGUAAUGGAAACCCCCCAAGGGUGUGGAUUUUUGUCUGAUAGACAUUUUUCACUUACCGUAAUGCCCUCACGUUUGGGCAAGGAGAGCCACUGUCACCAAUGCACUUUCAAUCAUUUAUUGAACGGGACAAGCAGCCAAACACACAAAUACAAAAUGAAAACACUCGCAAAGAGCACGCGCGCACUGAAAUAACCAGCCAACACGACACUGUCACUCAUUAGUAAUUACACUUUAUAAAACCAUUUUUUUCUUUACAUUCUCUUUUAUGUUUUAUUGUUGUUGUAUACACUACAGCACUAUUUGUCGUUUUUAAAAACGUGACAAAAAGAAAACGCUGGUGAUUUUUUUUUGCAGGGCUGAAACAGAUGAAUGCAAUUUUAAUUUAUUUGAUAAAAGAGUAAACUGAGUUACAAGCUUGGUCACGGAACAAAUUAAACUCCUAAGUCAAGGUACCACUGUAUUUAUUUACUACAAAUAAUAUAGCUUUGUUUAUCUAUCUAUGCCAGCGCUGCAUAGUGACAGGCCGAACAAUGAAAUGCUCUUCCACAAGACGGCAGAAGGCACAUAGUGUAAUUAACCUGUGUGUCCAUCAUGGUCUUUUCUAAAAUAGGCCUACGUGCCCCCAGCUCAAUAAAGGUUGGGAAAUGCCGAUCUCGACAACCAACAGCACUUCCUGACCUGACUUCCUCGCCCUCCUCUCAGUAUGCAGGACACACGUUGAAGUCCACCAGGCCGAUCACCCUCGCCGCCCGUGCCUCGGACGCAACGCGCCUGCCAUUAAUAAUCAUGUUUCUCAAGCAGCCCAUGUACGGAGAUGUCACGGGGGCCCCGCUUGACUCUAAGGCCCCUGUAAAAAAAAAAAAUAUAUAUAUAUAUAUAUUUAUAUAAUACAAAUAUUAAGCUCCUAUGCACUCUUUUUGAAAGAAGUCUUAGUGUGAUUUCAUACCUCCAAUGUGAAGUAAUCCCUGUGUUGUAGAGGAGGGAAAAGAUGCAAAGGGUCCCGCCUUCUUUUCAGACGUGGCGUCCACCAUUAGCAUGAGGUCUUUUUCUCCUUUGGAUACUAAGCACAAAGGAUUGUGUCAAAUGUAACAAAACUGUUUUUGCAUCAUGAUUUCAGCCUUUAAUUCAAUGGACAUUGUGCUGCUCCUUCUGGUGUAUGUGCCAUAGCCACCAGGGGGCCAAAUAAUACACAUAAAAUACAUACUUGAAGAAGAAGGUCACAACUAAGCUCAGUAAGAUACAAUAAUAUUUGUUGUUUUUCGCAGCGCAUGAGGAAUAUAUGCAUGUGAGUAUUGUUAUAUUGUCUGUCUGCAUGUGUUGCUGCAGCAUUGUGUUCAGCUAUCCAUUGCUUAAAGAUUUAUAACUACCA